AGGAUUGAGCUAUGGAAAUGGAAGAUGCAACAGAGACUAGGUACUGGUGUCACAUGUGCUCUCGAUCGGUGGUUCCUUUGAUUCAAGACGAACUCAUCAAUUGCAAUUUCUGUCAAAGUGGAUUCGUUGAACAAAUGGAUAAUGAUGAUCAAGAUUCAGUUUCCGUUGAUCAUCAGGCUGCUGAUUCUCUCUGGGCUCCUAUCUUGAUGGAGAUGAUGAACAAUCAUGACCAACAACAUUCAACGCAUCAGGGAGACUCAGAAUCUAUUCUUGAAAACGAAGAAGACGAAGAUGAUGAUGGUGAUGAUGGUGAUCAGAACAAUGAUGGAGAAAUUGAUAUAACUCGGCAACUUGAAGAGAUUAGGAGGAUAAGGACUAGACAUUCAACUGCCAUUGUUAAUCUGCUUCAAGGGAUUCGAGCUGGGUUAUUGAUUGAAUCCGAGACCAACGAGGAUAAUCCCGAUAACAGCGAGCUUGUCGUCUUGAUCAACUCGUUUAACCAAAGGAUCAGGGUUCAUCAAGAUUCUGUCGACACGGCUUCUGUUCCUUCUGGAUCUUUGGGUGACUAUUUCAUUGGACCUGGAUUCGAGACGUUGCUUCAACGUUUGGCUGAGAAUGAUCUGAACAACCGGUAUGGGACACCUCCAGCUACAAAAGAAGCGGUUGAGGCCUUGGCGAUGGUGAAAAUCAAAGAGAGUUUGUUGCAAUGUAGUGUGUGUUUGGAUGAUUUUGAGAUUGGAAUGGAGGCUAAAGAGAUGCCGUGUAAGCAUAAGUUUCAUAGUGACUGCUUGUUGCCAUGGCUUGAGCUUCAUAGCUCAUGCCCUGUUUGCAGAUAUCUGCUUCCUACAGCAGAUGAUGAUGAGCCAAAGAAGGAUGCAGACACAUCGAGAAACGAUGAUAACAAUGGCGAUAUCAGUGAUGCUUCUAUGGCGAACAAUUCAUUGGUUAACUAGACUAAGGCUCACAAUCUGAAGACAGGCAUCAAUAUACACACGCCCAAAAUGUUCAGAUUGUUACCGCUUGAAGAAUAAUAGAAUGUUUCUGCAAUUUCUGAAAUGGCAGAAUGUUCCAUAGUUUGGAAUUGUUUCUUCGAUAACACAAGUUUACAGAAAUGCGUUUUAUGUUUCUUCCACUUCUUUUCAUGAGUUGGUUAGUAAGAAAAAUUACAUCUUUUU